AUGGGGGUCUCCUGGUGGCCUUGGAAAUGGCCUGCCUCCACACCUCCUACGCCCGCGUCCCUUCUAGGUAUGGACACGCCUCUCAGUGCCUCACAAGGUCCUCCAGGUAUAGGAAUGCCCAAAGGAGAUGCAUUCCUCCUCAAAGAUCUUGAGAAUGGUCUUCGCAAUAUAUUCCCAGCCAUAAGUUCCGUUAGCACUAUGAACACACUCAAUACUGUCAACACACUCAACUCUCUGUCUGGAGCGGCCAACAACCCGACCUCACAAAAUAAUCCUCUUACAAGCUUCUUAAACAUGGCUCACCACCACCAACAGCAGCAACAGCAGCAUCAACACCAGCAGCACCAACACCAGCAGCAGCAACAGCAUCCUUCUCAGCAUUCUCUUCUGCAUCAGCUGACAAUGAGCUCUCUGGCAAAUUCCCACAAAGCAUGGAGCAACAGUGGUGCUCCUGACCUCACAGUACUUGACCCGGCUAUCGUAUCAUCAGGACAGCUGACAGAUUCCCGUUCAGAUUCUCCUCCACACUGGAUGAAGACCAUGGAACAACUCACAGAAGGAGCCCCCAUCCACUCUGGAAAACUUGCUGCCCUGCAACCUGACGUCCGGUGGUCUGCCAUCCGGGUUGGGUCCUCACACAGGCCCAGCGGGUACCGCGGCUCCCACACAGCGCUCCGUAGCACCCAUGUGGCCCCCAACCUCCCCACCACCAGGUUUCAACAAUAUCUCUCCUCUACACCACCCCAAGCAGCAUGA